GUUGACAUUAAUUUGUAAAUAGUAAACAAAUCCCCUUAAAAUAAUUAAAAAACCCAUUUAAAUUCAUCAUGGAUAUUCCUAAAGAACCAAAUUUCUCAUUACUAAGUUCCCAGGACUUCGCCCCUGAAAAAUACGUGCGAGACAUUUCCCAAAACUACGUGGGCGGUCUGGAACUGCAAAACAUCAAAAAGAAAAUCCAGGCGUUGGCCGACGAAACCAGCAAUAACUUGAAGAAAAACGUCUACCAAAAUUACGUGCAAUUCAUCGAAACUGCCAAAGAAAUAUCGCACUUAGAAAGUGAAAUGUAUCAACUUUCUCACUUGUUGUCAGAGCAAAAAGGGUUGCUUACAGCUCUGAGUACUUCGUCUAUUUUAGAAGACAACAGGGCUCAUUUUGAUGUUAGAAAUGAAAAAUUAGACGAACAAGAGCUUGAGGAGGAAAACAAGCAAAAACUGGCAACAAUUUUGGAUAAGGUUGAGAACUGUAAAGAAGUAGUUGAAGCUCCGGAUAGAUUUUUAUUGUUCGAAGGAGAUUUGCUUGAAAUAGACGCAACAGAGAAUACAGCAAUCAAAUUUGUACAUGUUUAUUUGUUUAAUGAUAGUUUAAUGCUAACAAACAGAAAUUCUAAUAGUAGAGGCUUGAUGCGAUACGCCUUUGAAAGCUUAUACGAACUUAGUAGCUUGGCUGUGGUUAAUGUACGAGAUUUAGGCAACAUUAAACACGCAUUCAAGUUGCUUAUAUUUCCAGAUACACGAGUAUUCCAAUGUUCAUCUAAUGCUAGUAAAAAAGAGUGGCUGGAUAAGAUUGAUCAAGCCAAAAAAACCCGCUUGGUGCAAGAGCAACAAAAACGCGAAUCCUCUUUGGAAAAAAUCUCCCCUGCCCGUUCCAUUUCAGUUGACUUAAGCAUCAACAGCCAGCCUGAAGAAAUAUUCACCCAUCCCGAUUGGUUUUUGGACAUCCCUGACGAACUAGACGUUUGCAUCGCCCAAAGACAAUUCGAAGACGCUGUCAACCACAUAAACAAAUCAAAAACCUACAUAAACAAACACCCAGAACAUGUGGGAGCAAUUCAGAAAAAAAUCGACCAAAAACAAAACACCCUAGUUGAAAUGCUUAUGAAAGAGCUUGAAGUUAAUCCUGAAAAAUCCUUGCAAGGUGGUUUAAGAGCCACCAGAACAGCUGUCAGAUUACUAAACCAAUUGGGUCGCUCUACCCAAUCAUGUGACUUAUUUUUGAAGCUUUGCAGCAGCAUGUUAAAAAUCCAAUGCAAACGAGUGAAAAGAGAGGGCUCCACUAGCACAUACGUGCGUCAUCUAUCAAGCGUAGUCUUCACCAACAUGUGUCACAUGUCAGAAGAGUUUCUAAGGGCCUUUCCAGACUCUUGUGCAAACUGCGCAUCUGCUUAUGUAGUCUGGGCAAGUGGGGAAUUAUCUUUAUUUACUACUCAUUUUGCCAAGCAAGUUUUUAUGCCGCAAACAUCUUUGUCUACCAUUACGGAGUGUGUGGUUUUGGUGAGGUCGCAGUGCGAGCGGUUGUGCACUUAUGGGGUGGAUUUCCGGUACCAGUUGGAUGGGGCCCUUAGGGCUCCGCUAAGUAAAGCCCUUAAUGACGCAAGAGAUAAGUUUGUCGAUUCGAUUAAGUUGAGAGCGAUAGAUGAAAAGUGGAUUCCUGUCAAUUUGAAUACGAGAAGUGGAUUAGCAAGGUGUCUUCAAGAAUAUGCAGUUUUAGGCCUGAAACUCGACACCUACGUCACUGGAGAUGUUUGGCUCCAAUUAACCUCAAGCAAUUUGGCUUUUACCAAAUCCUUCCUAAUUCUAUUGGACGAUUGCCUCAAACUAAAAACCACAGAACUUUUACACUCUAUUGAUGAAACUUUAACAAAAUGUUUUGAGGCCCAAUUACGGUACAACGAGCAAGGCCUCAAAAACGAAGACCAAAAACAGUUUAUUUUGAAGAAUUUCGAAUUUUUACUGGUGGUUUUGGUGCAGCUUACGCAAACUAAAUACAAGGAGGCAACUGGGUAUGAGUGUGACAACUUAAACAAAUUGGUUAAUGAUUAUUUGAGUUUAUUGAAGGCGAGAAGCACUAAAACAAAAUAUUCUUCUGAAUUUUUGUAAAAUAAAUAAAUUAAUCUUAUAAUUAUCACAGUAUGUAGAUCUAGAAACAACUGACUUUUUCAAUAAUAAUAAUACAUAAAUAUAAAAAUGUAAUUUCCCAUAAUUCAAAAUACUUUUUUGAAAAGUUUCUUAAAUCCUUUCCUCAUUUUCUUUGGCGUCGAUUGCUCGUUACUUGACAGACUAUUAUUUGAAGAUUCAGAACUCUCUACGCGUGUUGUUUGUGGUAAGUAUUUGCCAUUUUUCAUGGACAUUGACCUUUUCAAACGAACACUGGCCGCUGUGGUUGUAAUAUAAUCUGGAACAUCUAUUCUACUCGAAUCUACCAAAUUUACCGGUUCUAGAGUAGACGUAUCGCUUUCUUCCAAAGGAAACGGAAUGUCUUCAAUAAUCUGACACCUACUAGUCACCCAAUCACCAUCCAUCGGUGAUUUUUUCCUCUUCUUUUUUUGUUGGUCACCCGCAGCAAGGACAAUUUUUAAUGCCUGAUCACUAGGACGUCUCUUCUUUUUUUUAUUUGUCUUGGUUGAUACUACAACGUCAACAGAAUUGCGACGUUGUAUCUCGCUAGAUUUGGCAACAGCGCCCGCGCCCGCCGGUUUCCAUCUAUUGAAACGACGAGCGCCAUAUAAAAAACAACAGACAAAAACGACAAACAGGCAACAAAAAAACCACUUCCAUUGGCUUUUUUCUUUUGAUAGGUUUUCCAUGGCUCUCGUAAGAGAUUCUAGUUUUUCUUCAAUUUGUUUGUGACGUUCUUCUUGUUUUAUUGUCACGUCUUGGAGGGUUUUUUCUAGGACGCGUUGCAUGUCUUCCACUUGUUUUUUGUAGCGUUUGUGUAG